AACUUCUUCCUUCCUCCGAAAACCCUAACAACACAGGCGCAGACGCAAACGCAAACGCAAACGCAAACGCAGAGCGUGAUCCAUUGACGAAGAUGGUGCAGCGUCUCACCUACCGCAAGCGGCACAGCUAUGCCACCAAGUCCAACCAACACAGGGUCGUCAAAACCCCUGGUGGGAAGCUCGUUUAUCAGACUACCAAGAAGAGGGCCAGCGGACCCAAGUGCCCCGUCACUGGCAAGAGGAUUCAGGGGAUUCCACACUUGAGGCCUGCAGAGUACAAGAGGUCAAGGUUACCCAGAAACCGUAGGACUGUCAACCGUGCAUAUGGUGGAGUUUUGUCUGGAAGUGCCGUCAGGGAGAGGAUUAUCCGAGCCUUCUUAGUUGAAGAGCAAAAGAUUGUGAAGAAGGUCUUGAAGAUCCAGAAGGCAAAGGAAAAGCAGGCCUCAAAGGCUUGAAUUUGAAAAACACAAUGAGACACAUCUUUUUGGAGGACUGUUAGGUUUGAGUGGUUAUAGUAAAUCACAAAUUUUAUUAGAGUUGUUCUCAUGUUAAUUGUGCUUUUAUUAUUUGGCUUGUUUGAACUCUUUCUAGAGCAAGUGUUAAAGUUGUCGACAAUGCCAUUACGAUACAGUUUUGUUUGUCUCAUUGUCUUUUGAUGGUUUAUUGGUAUCAUCUUGUUUCUUUAUAUUCUAAUAGAACUUUGUAAUUCCACUCGAAUUGGGUAUAUCUCAAUUCUGACUGCUUUACUGGUGGCAUUCUGCAAAUA